AUGAGGUCCUCAUUCAGCCGCUUCAGCUCCUCAGGGGCUGGUGGAGGAGGGGGCCACUUCAGCUCGUCUAGUGGCUAUGGUGGGGGAGCUGGGGCCUGUGGGAAGGGAGGAGGCAGUAGUUUGGGCUUCAGCUAUGGCGGAGGGCAUGAGGGUGGCUUUGGUGCAGGUUCCCUGGGCUCCAGCUGCAAUGCCGGAGGAGGCUUUGGGGGGCCUGGGGACUUUGGGGGGGCCUUUGGUGGUGAUGCUGGAGGCGGCGGUGGUGGCAUUCUGAUGACGGAUGAGAAGACCAUCAUGCAGAGCCUCAAUUCCCGGCUGGCUUCCUACUUGGCGAAGGUGCAGGUCCUGGAGGAGGCCAAUAUCAGCCUGGAGAGUAAGAUCCAGGAGUGGUAUGACAGGCAGGGGCCCAGGACCUUCCGCCAGGAUUACUUCUCUUAUUACGACGACGCUACUGAGUAUCUCAAGGAACAGAUUGUGAACUUCACAGUGGACAACAGUAAGAUAUUCUUGAAUCUUGACAAUGCUCGCAUGGCACUGGAUGACUCCAGGAUGAAGUUUGAGAUGGAGCAGAGCCAGCGACAAGCAGUGGAUGCAGACACCAAUGGCUUGCGAAGGGUGCUGGAUGAACUGACCAUGCAAAACUCUGACCUGAAGAUGCAGUAUGAAACACUGCAGGAGGAACUGAUAACUCUCAAGAAGAAUCAUGAGGAUGAGAUGAGCCAGUUGACUGGGCAGAACUAUGGGGACGUCAGUGUGGAGAUGAAUGCUACUCCUGGCAAAGAUCUCACCAAGAUCCUUAAUGACAUGCGCCAGGAGUAUGAACAGCUCAGUGCUAAGAACCAUAAGGACAUUGAGCAGCAAUAUGAGACUCAGAUGAACCAGUUUGAGCAGGAGGUGAUGAUUAGUGGCCGGGAGAUGGAGUCCAACAACAAAGAGGUGAUCCAGUUCAGGCACAAAGUCCAGGAGUUGGAGGUUGAGCUUCAGUCUCAGCUCAGCAAGAAAUCCGCCCUGGAGAAGUCCUUGGAAGAUACCAAGAACAGCUACUGUGGCCAGCUGCAGCAGAUCCAGGGGCAGAUCGGUAGCCUAGAGGCCCAGGUCAUUGAGAUCCGGGCAGAGAUCGAGUGCCAGAAUCAAGAAUACAGCCUUCUUCUUAGCAUCAAGACACGGCUGGAGCAGGAAAUUAAGACCUACCGCAAUCUCCUUGAGGGUGGCCAAGAUGACCUGGAAUCUCAUGGAACUGGACAAAUUGGCUUUGGAGGAUCUCAUGGUGGAAGUAGGAGCAGUCAUGGAAGAGGAUCUAGGGGAGGAAGUGGAGGAAGCUACAGAGGAGGAAGUGGUGGUGGCUAUGGUGGAGGAAGUGGAUCCAGGGGAGGAAGUGAAGGCAGCUAUGGUGGAGGAAGUAGUUCUGGAGGAGGAAGUGGAGGCAGCUAUGGUGGAGAAAGUAGAUCCAGGGGAGGAAGUGGAGGCAGCUAUGGUGGAGGAAGUAGUUCUGGAGGAGGAAGUGGAGAUGGCUAUGGUGGAGGGAGUGGAUCCAGGGGAGGAAGUGAAGGCAGUUAUGGUGAAGGAAGUGGAGGUGGUUAUGGUGGAGAAAGUGGAUCCAGGGGAGGAAGUGAAGGUGGUUAUGGUGGAGGAAGUGGAUCCAGGGGAGGAAGUGGAGGCAGCUAUGGUGGAGGAAGUAGCUCUGGAGGAGGAAGUGGUGGCAACUGUAAAGAAGGGAGUGGAUCUGGAAGAGGAAGUGGAUCCAAGGGAGGAAGUGGUGUCAUCUAUGGAGGAGGAAGUUCAAGGUUAUCCCAGUCCCAGUCCGCUUCCUCAAGCUCUGGGGAGCAUGACAAUACACAAGGCUACCCAACUCGAUAUUAGAGCCCCUGUGAACUUCCCAGGCUCUGCCCCAGGAGAGUGUCCUCCAUACAGAAGGACCUUGGAUGAAGCUUGCUCACUACAUUCUGAUAUCGGGCAUAGCUGGCAACAAGUUCUGGGGCCAAUUUGGGCUGACUGGGCAUGUGUGUUUCUGGUUACCAAUUGGCUCCUUCUCCUGGGAGGGUUGGGGAGACCUCUGUUUCUCUGGUCUUGGGGGGUGACCCUAUUCCCUGCCUGAUCCCAACUUCCUAAUAAAGC